AUGUCGGACACGCAUGACCCAACAGCAUCCACGGAGGCGGUGCAGCAAGGCUCCCCCGUUUCGACCCCACCCUUGUCGUCGCCAGAUGCCGAGAUCGACGCUUACCUGGCGUGGGCACAAGCAGUUUUGGCUGAUAUCCCGGAUGCCAAUAAAGCAAUCAGGAAACCUUCCGACCUCUCGGAUGGUGUCGCCCUCUUUCACAUCCUCUCCGACAUUGAUCCCGACCUCUUUCGCAACCCGCAUGCCGGAGACACAAAGGACAACUGGGUUCUCACCAUCGGCACGCUCAAGCGUCUGUAUAAGCUCAUGAUGCAGUACUAUUCUCAGAGUCUACAAGCCGCCUCGACCGCACUCCCGUCACCCGAUCUCAAUGCGAUCGCACGCUCUGCCGACGCGGAACAACUCGCUCUACUCUGCCUUUUGGCUAUUGGCAUCGCCGUCCGUAGCGAAAAAAAUGAGACACACAUCGCCGCCAUUCAAACGCUCGAUCAGAAACAUCAACAUCAGCUCAUGAUGUCUAUAGAGCGUGUCAUGUCGUUUAUUAGCCAGGGUCAGGAAGAGCAGCUUGUAGCAUCCAACCCGGACGAUUCGAUCGCUUCUUCCGUCAUCAAUGGCCAAGCUGACGACAUUGCAGCCAAGCAUCAGGGCAAGUCGGCGGCUCAGCUGGCUACCGAGCUUGAAGCGAUGCAAGCCCAAAAGGACCAUGUUGAUAAGUCGUACCUGCUUCUCCUCGAAGCCCACCGUGAGCUGCAAAACCAGUUCCAGGAUCUGCAGACCGAGAAAGACGAACUCACCGUCACGCACGAAGAGCACAAGAAGCGCGUUGAAGAAUCACGCAACCAACAAGCGGAUGUGCUUAUGCGACAGAAGAUCGACAAGCUCAAAAUCGAUCUACGGCGCAGCGAAGAUGCUCUAGCCGAGCUGGAGACCGACAAUGAGAAACUGCUCCAGUCUGCCGAAGAAUCCAAACGCAAGAUCGAGGAACUCCAAAAAAGCGCUGACGAGGCUAUCAAGCUCAAGGAUCAGCUCGAAGAACACCGACAUGCGGCGGAUCGACUUCAAAAGGCAGAAAACGUCAUUGAAAAGUACAAAAAGAAGCUCGAAGAGGGUACUGACAUUCGACGUCAGCUCAAGACGCUGGAAGACCAGAAUGCCGAGCUCGUCGAUCGCAAUGCCAAGUUGGAAGACGAAUACAAGCGCGUAUCCGCUUUUAAGCCGCUCAUGGAUUCGUACAAGUCGCAGAUAGCAGAUCUCGAGUCCAAAUCUUCCAACCUGCAACGUGAUCUCGCCACAUCCAAGUACGAGCAGGAACAGAUUCUCUCGAGGCUCAAGGCUUCCGAAGACCAGCGUGCUUCCGCCAAGGAAGAAAUGGAACUCUAUCAGGAGCGCAUCAAAGAGCUCGAGCUUGGCGGUGAAACAGCGCUCACCAAGCGCAAGCAGAUCGUCAGUCGCAACUCGAAUGUCUCUGCCAACGGAGUCGAUGGUCUCGUUGCAGCAGAUGCCAGCAGAGCCAGUGCAGACGAUGACGACGAGCUUGACGACGAUGACGACACUUUUGACCGCUCCGACGAACUUGAAGAAGCGCUUAGCGGAACUACCAUGACUGAUCUCAAGAUCAGGCUGCGCAAACUCUCGCGUGAGCUGGAAGCGGCCAAGACCAACAAGGCAGAUCAAUCGCGCCUGAUCGUUCUCGAGAACCUGCUCGAAGACGCACAGCGCAUGAAGGCGCGAUACGAAGCCGACUAUUUGCGAGAGCAUCGCGACAAGAUGGUGCUGCAGAACCAGCUCGAAGCCAUCCGCAGUGGCAAGUCGGACCUCGGUGAUGGCACCGAGGCGGCGUAUGCAUUGCGAUUACGACUGAAUCAGUUGGUCGAGGAGCUGGACGAGGCUAAACGACGCUUGACUGAGCUAGAAGUGCACAACGAACAGAUUGCCCGCGAGUUAACAGUAGCCAAGUCGGAUCUGAGUUUGGUGAACAAGGACCAAGUGGAUAUUCUACAUUCGCUGCGUGCAUCCAUGGAUGCCGACAAGGACGAGUUGGAGGCGCAUGUCAAGAAACUCAAGGCCGAGGUAGCGUCGGUGAGCGAGCAGAACCGCAUGUACAUGGCGCAGGUCAACGCGCUGCUGAUGGAAAAGGUGGAUCUGCAAGCCGAAGGCAUCGGACAACGAGACGAAGCGCUCAAACGCGAACGCGCGUUAGGCGAGCUGCAAACGCGACUCAAGGGCAAAGGGCUGCCGAAGGAGGUCGAAGAGAUGGUGGCAAGUUUACAGAACGAAGCGCUCAGCUCAACGCGCGACCUGAAAGCGCUGCAGGAGCGCUUUGCCAAAGCCAAGACGUUUAUCAAGCAGCAGGACAAGAUGAUCAAGGAAAAAGAUCGAAGCCUUGCAGCUGCUGCUGCGGCUGGUGGCCACCUGGGCGGCACUGCAAGGGGAGUGGAUGGCUCGGGAGGUCGUGGCGAAGCAAGCAACGAGGCACUGGAACAAGAAAACAGAAGGCUGUUGGAUCAGGCGCGCAAUCUGGAGCGUGAACAGAGACUCAUGAUGUCGGCCUUCCAGGAACUGGGACGACGAUACAUGGUGGAGCUCGAGUCGGGACGCAACCCGAGCGGCGGCGGUGGUGGCGGUAGUGGAGUGGCAGGAAGCGCUGGAACAAGGAUGGGCUCGGCGUCCUUCGCGGCUGGUGGAGUACGGGCGCUUUCUGGGUUGACCGGUUUGAACGGCCCAGGGCGCAGCUGGCUCGCCAACCAGCGGCGUACCGUCAACCCGACACUGCAGCUCGCUAGUCGCAGGUGA